AUGCCAGCCGUCAGAUCUAACGGCGACGGCGUAGCUAGUGAAUUGGACGGGUCUGGCCCGCCGUCAGAAGCCGCGAAGCCGGUGGUGGUGCUGCUGGGGUGGCUCGGCGCGCAGCAGCGGCAUUUGCGGCGGUACGCUGAGUGGUACACGUCACGCGGUUUCGACGUAAUCACGUUCGUCAUCCCUUUUAAGGACAUCCUUAGUAUCCGACCCGGAGAGAAGGCGGAAGUCCACGUGGACAGUUUAGUCGACGAGCUGCACAGGUGGCUCUCGGGAAUUGGUCCAGAGGUGGCCUUAUCCGCCACGUCAGCCCCCGUGAGUCAAGGAGAGGCGAAAGAACCGCGCACGCUGAUGUUCCACACUUUCAGCAACACGGGGUGGCUGACCUAUGGGGCCGUACUUAAUAGGCUGCAUGAUAAGUACGGCAAGGCAGCUAUAGACGUGGCGAUUAAGGGAUGCGUCGUGGAUUCCGCGCCGAUCCUGGAGCAGGACCCGCAGGUGUGGGCGCGCGGAUUCGCCGCCGCGAUCCUGCAGAAGCGCAGCUCCGCCACUCGCGCGGGGCGCCCGGAGGUUUCCGCCACUGCGGAAGCGCCCGCUACUGCCGACUCAGCAGUUUCGGCGGCCGAGUCAUCUUCCGCCGGCGGCGCUGCGAAGGGGAGCGCUGAAGUUGUUGAGAAGGAGGCGAAUGCGAAGGUGUGGGGAGUGACGGAUAGAGGCGAGUGGGACGCACAGCCAAGAGUCCCCGCCGCGAUCGACGUUGUCAAGACGUAA